UUGCAGAUACUUUGCUUUUUGAGAUCUACAAUGUCACUUUUUGAUGAUGAAGAUUUGCUCUAUGAAGAAGACAAGAUGGGGAUGAAAGUCACCAGUGGGACUGUGGUGUUACAGAAAGGGGCCAACAAUCUCAUCGGGAUAAGCAUUGGGGGUGGCGCUCCCCAUUGUCCGUGCCUAUUUGUUGUCCAGGUCUUUGAUGACACUCCUGCUGGGAAGGAUGGGACCCUGGAGAGUGGAGAUGAGAUUGUUGGAGUUAACAACAAGAAUGUUAAAGGUGGUAACAAGACAGAUGUGGCUCAUCUGAUACAAGAAUCUGAGGGAGAGGUCAUGAUCAAAUACAACAAGCUGCAUGCUGAACCAAAGCAGGGGAAAACACUUGACAUCAUCCUGAAGAAGGUGAAGCAUAGACUGGUGGAGCACAUCAGCAGUUCAACAGCUGAUACUCUGGGACUCAGUCGAGCAAUUCUUUGCAAUGAUGGUCUUGUAAGACGUUUGGAGCAUCUUGAGCGAACAGAGGAUUUCUACAGAGGACUAGUUGAACAUACCAAGAAUGUCCUGAAGUCCAUUUACCGAGUAGCUCACAUCCAGAAAGAUUUUGGAGACACUUUUGCUUCGAUUGGAGUGAGGGAACCACAGCCACGAGCCAGUGAUGUAUUCACAAAAUUUGGAAAUAUUCAUCGUCAGCUAGAGAAGAAUGCCUUUGAUUUUAUCGUAGCUGUGCGACCAAUGCUGAAAGAUUUGGGAACAUACCUGAACAAGGCUAUUCCAGACACCAAGCAGACUAUCAAGAAAUAUGCAGAUGUUAAGUUUGAAUAUCUCUCUUACUGUCUGAAAGUGAAAGAGAUGGAUGAUGAGGAAGUGUGUGCUGCUCAGCUUCAUGAACCCCUCUAUCGUGUUGAAACAGGAAACUAUGAAUAUCGUUUGGUGCUGCGUUGUCGCCAAGAUGCUCGGAGGAGGUUUGGAAAAAUUCGAGCUGAUGUGAUGGUAAAGCUGGAGCUCCUAGAUCAGAAACAUGUGCAGCACUGUGUUGCCCAAAGGUGGUGUCAAGAUGGGAGAGUUCUGCAUGACUUUACUGAGUGUGAUGCCAUUUAUCAAUGUGUUUUUCCUACCUAUCUACAGUUGCAGAAGCUAUUGGCUGGUUUUGAGAAGUAUUAUGCAGAAAAUGUGAAAGAAUUCAAAGAUAUGGAAAAUCCUGAAGAGGAUGAUGAAGAUGAAUGGGAAGAAAAUGAAUUGAAUGUCCCCCUUGGCAUUGAUGUAGUAGCCACUGUACAAGCAACAAAUGAUCCUUUCUCUAUGCCCCUGGCAGAUCCAUUGGAUACAUUCUCAGGGAACUCCCAGGAGGAUGGUGAAGAUGCCAAGCUCUUGGAUUUCUAAUAGUGUCUUCCUAAACAUGUAUAAUAGCUCUAAGUCAACUUGGGACUGAUGAUAUCAUUGGAGAAUCACUGUACUACUGCAAUAGUAUAAGCCAUCAUUAUUUAUUCUCAAAUCCAUCG